AUGAUUAGGGAGCACAAAGGGCCAGCUGGACCGCGACCAGCGAACCAAUCACCCACUCGACGUUCUCGGGAUUCUCUUAAUCUGUCGCAACCUCCUCCGUCCCGGCGUAUUCUUUCCAACGCCCCAAUGCUCAGAACCGCGCCUGCCAAUUCUCACACGCUCUUCUCGCUGGGGGCCAACGAUCCGUCCUUGUCCAACGACCUGGGGGAUGCGACGACCUCGUUUGAUUUCCUGCCUUCCGUGAGCUUCGAUGACUUGCAGAGCAGCCUCGAGUCCGCCUCGACAGAUUUCAAACUUGCCCAGUUUCCCUCGCCUACCGGACAGGGUAGUAUCCUUCAACAUCGACGACCUGACGAUAUCAGCAUGCCCGAACCCUCCAAUGUGACGCGAAGCGGCAGCACCACUCGCGUUGUCAUCCCGCCAUCUUCCGCCUCUGCUGCUCCCCCAGCCGCUAGCGGCGGUGGUAGUGGCGGAGUCUCCAACAGCAACACCGCCACCAAGCCCCCGAGGAAGUCAAUUGGCCCAGGCGUCACUGACGCCGAGUAUGGUGCCCGUGCCACCGCCCAUCGUAGACGUCCUAGCCUUGCCUCCAACUCGGAUCGCACCUUGACUACUGACCUCCCGAGAACUUCAAUCGAUACCGGGGCGUCUUAUGCAGGUGUUUCGAGCCAACUAACCGCCGCCACCCGAGCGUCCAAGGCGCGAUCCUUCCAGCCGCCGACUAGGCCUAGCUAUACUCAACCCAACGCCACUCCCCUCACGGACACGGCAGCUCGAGCCGCCUCCAUCUCGGCGCGAUCGCCUCGCGUCCCACCGAAGGGGACGCCUAAUGCAACGACUAAACGCGUGUCGGUCAUGCCCGGAAUGCCAUCUCCCUCCCACCUGACAGGUCUCGGGGCUCGAACCAUAAGUCCUACGGAUACUCGGCGAUUGAAGCGCAUGUCAAUGCAUCAUACCGCCGUUUCUAGUGCGAAUGGCUCAGUGCCACGUACACCUGCCGACACUCGACCCUCUUCGCGCUCCCCUUCUGUCUACGAAUCUCCGAAGGAGCCCACCAUGCCGAUGGAUCUUGGCCUCAUCGAGAAGAAGAAGUCGAGCCUCGCUCAUGACUCGAGUAGCAUCCACAGCAACUCGACAGGGACUGUAUCCAUCACCCUGCCGAUCGAAACCACGGGCAAAAUGCAGCGCAAGGGUAGCCUUCGCAAAUCCUCUCUCCAGCCUCCCAACGGAGAUGGGAGCACGAAACCCCAUGCCGUAGCAUCGUCGAGGAAGAACCUGCCUCCUCUACGCCUCCCGCCCAUGAUUGUCGGCCCAAUUGCUACGCCUACAGCCGCCAAGAUCGCCGCGCUUCAACGGAAGCAGGAGCAGACGGCGGGAAACUUGAGCCCUCCCCCAUCACGCAUGCUCCCCAAGACACCGACGACUCCCAUGACGGCGUCGAAGACGUCAUUCUUCUCCCGCCACCGCGCCGAUAAAACCGAGCUGCAGUUGAGGAGUAGUAGUUCUAUCCAACCCACCCGCGUUGAUAGCUCCGCCGAGAUGAAUCCCGGUAGUUCCUCCGAGUCCCUAUCAGCUGCAGUCUCCCCGAAGUUGAUGAGGAAGGCGAGCAUUUCCCCGUUCCUGUCUUCGUCAGUACCACAGGGCGGCGGCGAGCACAUGUAUCUCAAGCGCUCCAAGACCGGCGCGGACUUUGCGACCAUCACAGAGUCUCUCUUCGAGGCCAAAUCCGCAUCCAAGUCCAGCCGCCCCCUUCAGCAAAAUCCAGCGCUAAGUCUCCCGUGCUGUCGACGCGGUACAUCGAAGGGCAAUUUGGCCCUUCCUCCUGGCCUUGUUGACAAGCCACCCGAGUACAACACGAGGCAGGAGAGCAUGCCACCUCCUCGCCUCCCUGCCUCGGCUACAAUGGCGAACUUUGGAAGCCUGAGCAAGCCAGCCAGCCCUACCCCCUCGACUAAGACUUCAGUACCCACUACGUAUCUCGAGACGCGACGGAGGAAGAGCUCCGCUUCUAGCCUCAACACGUACGUUUCCGUAGACCGGCAAAAGGCAGACACCUGGGGCAACACCACGCAACCCAUCUCCGUCAAGAUUCCCAUCAACGAUAUGUCGACUGAGCGCCUGUCCCUCUCGCGCAACUCGUCUGUUAUGCAAAAGAUCCUCAAGGCCAAACCUUCUACGAUUCAGAUGAAGCAGUCCGGUAUGUGGACCGCAGAUCUCGACAAAGAUGAUAUCACCGCCGAGGAGGAGAUGCGGAAGCUUGGCAGCCGCCGAAAGGAGACGGAAAUCGCGGCGCGCACCCUUGAUGCUCUCCGCAAGCGGGCAACCCCCAAAGAGCACGUGGAUCCCCACGAAGCGAUUCGCAUCGCAAUGCUCAACGUCUACGAGCGUGGAGAGAUCAUCGACUAUCCUGAUGUGUACUUCUGCGGUACCCAGAAUGCCCGUAAGGUUAUUGGGGAUCUGCACUCGCAGAAGCCGAACUUUGGCUAUGAUGACGAACGCGGCGACUACUCCAUUGUUCCCGGGGACCACCUCGCCUACCGCUAUGAGAUUAUCGACGUCCUCGGGAAGGGAAGCUUCGGCCAGGUUGUUCGAUGCAUUGAUCACUGCAAGGGAGCUCUUGUCGCAAUCAAGAUUAUUCGCAACAAAAAGCGGUUCCAUCAACAGGCUCUUGUCGAAGUAAAUAUUCUUAAGAAGCUCCGCGAAUGGGACCCUGAUAACAAGUAUAGCUUAGUGCAGUUUACUGAUCACUUUUACUUCCGCGGGCAUCUUUGCCUCUCGACGGAGUUGUUGGACAUGAAUCUCUACGAGUUUAUCAAAGCUAAUGCCUUUAGGGGCUUCUCGCUCAAGCUCAUCAGGCGAUUCACGAAGCAGCUCCUCAGCUCCCUCAAUCUCCUCAAACAGCACAGGGUCAUCCACUGCGAUCUCAAGCCCGAAAACAUUCUUCUCCGACACCCUAUGCAUACUGAAAUCAAGGUGAUUGACUUUGGAUCGAGCUGCUUUGAAAGCGAGAAGGUGUACACGUAUAUCCAAUCUCGGUUCUAUCGCUCUCCCGAGGUCAUUCUAGGUAUGACGUACGGUUUGCCCAUCGACAUGUGGAGUCUGGGCUGUAUCCUGGCUGAGCUCUAUACUGGCGUUCCCAUCUUCCCCGGAGAAAACGAGGGGCAAGCGACGCCGUCCCUCGUCAAGACGCUGCAGCAGGUGCUCAAGUGCGACGACGAGGCCUUCCUUGACUUCAUCGCCCGCUGCCUACGGUGGGAUCCAGACCGAAGGAUGAAGCCGGAAGAGGCUAUUCGGCACGAGUUCAUCACGGGCCACAAGGUGUCGAUUCCUCGCAUUCCCACCCGGGACUACUCGCCGGCGAAACGGGGCAGCAAUCACCUACCUGGAAGUGGGCGCCCGCUACCGGAGCCGCCGACCAACUUUCGACAUAGCGGGUCGACUCGGGUACGCGACAGCAACGGCGUCAGUCCGCACAAGGCCUUUGCGAGCGUCUCGCGGCGAACCUCGGCUGCGACCAACACGUCCAACGUAGGCAUCCCUACCAAGCGGACCAGCACCGGCGCCGGUCCCAUGUCUGCCGGCGCCAGUGGCCUUCCCCGAGCAGCGGGUCGAAGCGUCAGCUCCAAACAAGAUCUGGCUUCGGCGGGCGCUUCGGCGGCUAUGAACCGACGACAAUGA